AUGUCAUCAGGAUACGGACUGAACGGGGGUCCGUCCCGAUGCUUCCCCUUCUGGCAGGAGUUGCUCGCAUGUUACGUCGUCAACACGAGCUCUGAGGACACAUCGGGCAAGAAGAAGUGUGUGCCUGCGCUGGAGGACUACUACGAGUGCAUGCACCACAAGAAAGAGGCCGCCCGAGUGCUGGCAUUACAGGCAGCGUACAGGAAGGCGGAGAUCAAUCAAGGACGAGAGAAUGCGCCAACCGCGGGGCAAAUACGGAACCUAGGCCUGCUGAACAAGGAGGACGACACGAAGAAGGUUCUUGGAGCGAGCUCAUAG